AUGACUGCUGAGAACUGCACUGUGUUUACUGACUUCAUAUUCUUAGGACUUUCCAGUAGACAAGAUGUGCAGCAGGGGCUCUUCCUGGUCUUCCUGCUGGUUUAUGGUGUGACUGUGGUUGCCAAUGUCGGGAUGAUCCUGCUGAUCAAGGUGGACCCCAGACUGCACACGCCCAUGUAUUAUUUCCUGAGCAAUCUGUCCUUCUGUGACAUCUGCUAUUCUUCUACUAUCUCUCCCAAGAUGCUGGCUGAUUUCUUAUCUGAACAAAAAAGGAUUCCAUACAAUGUAUGUGCCACCCAGUUGUAUUUUUUUGGAGCCUUUGCAGAUGUGGAAUGUCUCAUGUUGGCUGUCAUGGCUUAUGACCGUUAUGUAGCCAUUUGCAAUCCACUUCUUUAUACAAUUGCCAUGUCCAGGGGAAUCUGUACCCAGCUUGUCGCUAUUGCUUACAUCGUAGGCUUGGUAGAUUCAGCAAUCCACACCUGUUGUACAUUUCGGUUGUCAUUCUGCAAUUCCAAUAUCAUCAAUCACUUUUUCUGUGACAACCCACCCUUACUAGCCCUCUCCUCCUCGGAUACAUCCAUCAAUGAGAUUGUGAUGUUCACUUUCAUUGGCUUGGAAGCUCUCUGCCUUCUAACAGUUCUCCUCUCUUAUAUCCUCAUCAUAGCAGCCAUUCUUAAAACAGGAUCUGCUGACGGAAGAAGAAAAGGAUUCUCCACUUGUGCUUCCCAUCUGACCGUGGUCUCUAUCUACCAUGGUACCCUGAUCUUCAUUUAUUUGCGUCCCAGUACUGGCCAUUCGCUGGCUAUUGAUAAAGUGACCUCUGUGUUCUAUACAUUGAUUAUACCUAUGCUGAAUCCCCUCAUUUACAGUCUAAGGAACAAAGAUGUGAAAAAUGCUUUUAGGAAAAUGAUUAGCAGGAAAUUUCUUUCUUAA